CUGGGACGCAUAGGUAACGAAUUUACCGUUACCUGUGGCGUCGCGUCUCAGAUCCCUCUCUCUUUGGAGAGAACGCCCCAACAAUCUAAAUCUACAUCGCAUUAUCAUCAUCAUCAUCAUCAAUACUUCAUUUAUGGGGUUUUAUUAGCUACAAUACUUGUUUGCUGCAGGCUGCCAACGAAAAGGUCAAGGCAUUUUGGAUCAGACAUCUUGGCCCUGCAAGCUUGAUGCAACACAACAAAUAUAUAUAUCAUGGGGAAAACACACGACAACGUAGUUGGGCUUAUAUUGGCCAUCUCUUCCACUGUUUUCAUCGGUUCUAGCUUUAUAAUUAAAAAAAUGGGUCUUAAAAAAGCUGCCGACCACGGCAACAGAGCAGCCACGGGAGGGCAUUCGUAUCUGUAUGAGCCGUGGUGGUGGGCUGGAAUGAUUUCAAUGAUCGCUGGGGAAAUAGCCAAUUUUGCAGCUUAUGCGUUCGCUCCUGCAAUCCUUGUAACUCCUUUGGGAGCUUUGAGCAUCAUUUUCAGUUCAGUGUUGGCUCACUUCAUAUUAAAAGAGAAAUUGCACAUUUUUGGCGUGCUUGGGUGUGCUCUGUGUGUGGUGGGAUCUACGUCUAUUGUUUUGCAUGCACCGAAAGAGAAAGACAUUCAUUCUGUCAAGGAAGUGUGGGAACUUGCUACAGGACCAGGUUUUAUUGUCUACAUUUGCGCUAUAGUGAUAUUAGUUUGCGUCCUUCAUUUCCGUUUUGUGCGAAGCCAUGGGCAGACUCAUAUGAUGGUGUAUCUCGGAAUAUGUUCUCCCACCGGCUCCAUUACGGUUAUGGGUGUCAAAGCAGUGGGAAUCGCUUUGAAGCUUACAUUUGAAGGGACGAAUCAAUUUGUUUACUUUGAGACCUGGAUAUUUACAGUGGUUGUGAUAGGAUGUUGCCUUUUGCAGAUUAACUACUUGAACAAGGCUUUGGACGCCUUUAGCACUGCUGUGGUGUCACCAGUUUACUACGUGAUGUUCACAUCAUUUACAAUCGUGGCCAGCAUUAUCACGUUUAAGGAAUGGGCGAAGCAGGAUUCAACGCAGAUUGCUACUGAGUUGUGUGGUUUUGUGACAAUAUUAUCUGGGACCUUCCUCCUUCACAGAACUAAGGAUAUGGGAAAUAAACCCUCCGACGCCUCCGUUCAUUCAAGUCCUGAAGAUAACAAUAGUAAUACUAAGACACCUCUAAGCAACCAAAUUUGAAUCUAUAUAGCUUCUCUCCACAAGCAUUAUUUUGCUUCUUAACAAGCAUGUAAUUUCACACAUUUUUUUUAUAAAAAAAUCAAAGAUAUGCGAUGAAAAUAUGGAAGAUUAAAGGAAACAUGCCUAUAUAUAUGUGGUUUUGCCCAAUAACUGCGUACUCCCCCAUGCCCCUGCACAAAUCACAGUUGCAUAUCAUGUAAAUCGACGGAUGAUAUGUCAUCCCCAUUUUGUACUGUAGUUAAUAGAAGAGACCCAAUAAAUGAAGCAAACGUUGCUCUUUUUUUUUU